GAACGUAGCGCAACCACAGCAGUUUCUUGAGAUAAAGCGGCGGCCGCGGUUGGAGUUUUGGGAAGUGACGAAAGUGAGCGUUGGCUACCAGUUUCCGUUUUGAAUUUUUUUUACCCCAAUAGUGUUCAGGGAGGUAGCCAGGAUUUGCAUUAGUGGUGAGCUGGUGACUGGAGAUAGUAAGGAAGGAUCGAGAUUGGUGCAACCAACAAUUUAGUGAUGACCAUAAAUUGCAAUCUGGAUUGCAGGAAAGUGCGCGAGUGACGAAAAAUUGACUUCGGAAAAUUCUGUUGAGUUUUCCCCGUGUGGUUUCUGUAGUGACAAGGAAAGAUUGUUGUAGUGCUUGCUUCCCUCGGCAGAAAAAUAAGGACCGGAAAGAUUCGAAAGUUUACUCAACAGAUACAGGGAUUUUUCUAUGCUUUACAGUUUUAAGGCAUAUAUUUAGCAUAGCACCGUACCUCACAAUCUAAUGGGGGAGCUAGACGAGAAAGAAACUCCUCCAUCCUCUGAACCACAGCAUGAAACUGAAGAGCCUAAAGAAACUGACAAAAUGCUAGAGAAAAAGGACGAUACAACAACAACCACCACCAACACAACAACUUCAGACAACAAAACGUCUCCAAAAUCAAAACCACCCACAGGAAAAAGCGACACCGAAACGAAAAAAGCUUCAACGCCAACAACAAAGUCAGACAAGGAGGACGAAAAGAAAAAGGAAGCAAAUGGCGAGGAAAUCAUUAACAUUCCCGAAUCGGCAGAAAGCACCCAAGCGGCCCCAGUAACACAAGAAGGACGCGAGGUGAAACCGAAGAAAAUACCAAUUGGUGGUAUAAAAAUGCCUGGUUUUUUCACACGAGGCAAACCACCACGAGGCGAAGGCGACGGUGCCGAGGGUGAACUUCUCGAGAAAGAAGGUAAUGACAACAAAUUGAACGAAGAAAAUCCCAAGGACGACGAGAAAAGGCCUAGCAUUGCAGAACGAAUCAGGAGCUUCUUCACCAGGAAGCCACCGGCCAAAGUAGACGACGAUAUUAAGGAUAUAAAAAGCGGAGAACAACAAGCCGCAGAAGGUCAGGAUCCGCCACCAAAAAAAGGACUCUUAAAUGCAAUUAAGCUUCCAAUUGCGACAAUGAUUCCAAAAAAGAAGACUGAAAAUCCGGACGAUGUGGAAUUAGGCACCGGUCCAGGAACGAAAGCUGGAUUAGCGUCUAUGGAAACACUGGACGAUUCACUAAAGGAUCAGGACACUGUAGAUAGGGCGGCAAAAACAAAUAACGACGACACACUGGAGACAGUUAAACUGACAGAUGAGAAAAAAGACGAAAAAGAAGUCGAAGAUCAAAAUCUCUCAUACAUCGAUCGGAUACGGACCUACAAGUGCUCAGUUGACGACUUAGCCAUCGUAGCAGGAAUAGUAAUAUUCAUCCUCCUUGUGGGAUUAAUUUGCGUAUUCUCAUUCAGUGGCGGAGACGUAAUUAAAUCAGCCCCAGUACGUGAUGGACGAUUUGUUGUAGCAGUAACAAGUUGCGGCCCAGUUGAAGGUGUGAAAGAUGAUGGUGCAUUUACUUUCCGUGGAAUUCCUUAUGCGGUUCCUCCGAUCGGUGAAAACCGAUGGAAACCCGCCCAACUCAUUGAAAACAUUGAUGAAUGCUGGAAUUCGACUUUACAAGCGCACAACACGACAGAGUUUUGUUCACAGAUUCUGAGCAAUGGAACAAUAGUCGGAGAUGAGGAUUGCUUGACUCUAGAUAUCAUAACUCCACAUAUAAGAUACGAUAAUCCAUUACCUGUAAUUGUGCUAAUUGGUGCUGAAUCACUCCUUGGAGGCUCACCGACGAUAUUGCGACCCUCUGCCCGAUACGCUCGGCAAAAGGAUGUCGUAUAUGUUCGACCGAAUUUCCGUAUGGGACCUUUUGGAUUCUUAGCUCUAGAUGCAUUGUCUAAAUCCGCAUAUCCACCAACAUCAGGAAAUUAUGCACUAUCCGAUAUCUUAGCAGUGCUUCAAUGGAUUCAACGAAACAUUGCUCAUUUCGGAGGUGAUGCAAACUCUGUGAUUCUUCUGGGUCAUCGAGCUGGCGGAACUUUGGUUUCAGCUUUAGUUACAUCGCCCCAAAUUAAAGGAUUAUAUGCAAGAGCCUGGGUAGCUUCGGGAGCUUCAAUAUUCCCUGGGCGACCUUUGGCAGAGUCUGAGCGUUUGAACCAUGAGUACAUGACCCAUAUUCAAUGCAGCGAUGCUGAUUGUCUUCGAUUAGCAUCCACUGAGCAGGUCCUCAAUGCCAUACCCGAUACUUGGCGCUAUUCAACCCCUGAUUUACCAACACGAGAUGAAAAUUCGACUGCACGUCACGAGUGGUUGGUCCUAGAUGGUCAUAUUCUACAGAAGCAUCCCGCGGAUGUAUGGAGUAAGGAAUUCGGUGAACCACGAUUGGUCUUAGGUACUACAGCACAUGUAAGCCAUUCUGAAAAACUCCACUUGAAAAAUAUUGAAUGGAAUACGGAAACCGUCCGAAAACAUGUUGAAGAUAGUAAACUAGGCGAGCUUGGACUCUCGAGUGAAGCUGUCCAAAAAUAUAACGCUACAUAUCAAGGACUCAUUGCAAUGAUUUCGGACAUUCGAACAGUCUGUCCGAUGUUAACAAUGGCACGUCUGCAGCCGGCUGUUCCCUUCUAUGUUGUUACUCAAAUCGAACCUCAGAAAGGAGUCGCAGACGCUGACGCUGAUGUACAAGCGAUAAUGGGCCGAUAUGAACCACAUACGCCAGAACAGAGAAGGUACUUCUCUUCAAUUCAACAACUCUUCUAUCACUGGGUAGCGCAUGGUGAGAUGAAACAAUAUGAACCAAGACGACGAGUUCUGAUCGUGGGGCAAGAUGCCCUUCCAUUUGAGGAUUAUCCAAAUUGUGAUUUUUGGAUUAGUCAAGAUAUUGUUCCGCGAUAUGGACGUAUAGAUUAAGUUGAAAAAUGGAGUAUUAUAUGUAGUAAUUUAUUUUAAGGUGAGAAUCAUGAGUCUAUGAUGUCUGUUGAAAGGGGGUUGGUGUUUCUGGAGGAGUAGUUAAGGCUUCGGAUUAGGAUUUUGUUACUUGGGGUCGGCGUAUCUCAUAUUUUCAUCUCGAAAUUAGAUCAGUAGAGAACAGAGCUCCGGCUUUUAUGAGCUAGAAUGCUCAAUUGAUUUGAGGCAAAUAAGUAAAUACAAAAUUCCAGGAUAUGGCUGGCUCCUUGCCAUGAUACACCUUUUUAAAUAAUUGAGUAUCAUUAGUUCGUCUUAGUGUCAAACCUAGACGUCAUCUCAUAACAUAUCUCCCAUCAUCUUUAGGAAAUUUCAAAAUCACUCAGCAAAACCCCUCUCAACAGAUUCUAUCCAAGAAAACAGAUUCAUGAUUUUGCCUUAAAAUUAACAGAUGAAUAUCUUAUGAAAGUUAAAAACGAUGCUAGGUAUAGUUAUUAUUAUCUCAAUCGUAAAAUGUAUUUAAACGUAAUACUCAGAUUCGGAGAGGUGCGAAGAAUGAACUGAGGCGAGAAACUGGCGAAAAUUUUUUCUGUAAUUAUUCUGUGACGAUUUUAUCAUGUCUAAGUUAAUAUUACUUUUAUUUAGUUCAAUGAUAUUAUCUUGUGUUAAUUUAAAAUAUAAUUCAUUUAAAUAAAUUAUUAGAGAGCUUGAAAAGCUUGCAACCAUACAAAAGACCAAAGUCAAGAGAUAAGAAUGCACAUAACAUAUAAUAUAUAAUACGACUUGCAGUUGAUAUUCUAAUGCUUUCAUUGCAAUCGGGUGGGGCAAAAUAUGCGCCCUUGUCAUUAGCAUCGCAUGUUCACUAAUUUCUAUAAUUGAUUAUUAACUAAAAUGAAUUAAAGACCGGGGUCGGGAUGACCAACGAAUCAGAAAUAAUAAAAUGGACACUGCAAUGCCUAACAAUGAAAGUACUAGAAAAUAAUUUUCCGGGCCCAAUCUAAUAUUUCUCUUACUAAAAUUUGCCGUUUUAAAAUCUAAUCUUUUCUUAUACAUAUAAAAACUAAUAGCAACAAAAUUAUUAUAAAAGAUAUAUCCAGAAACAAUGCAUGCGAAAAUUCAUCCCCUAAAAACAAUCCAAAAAAAAGUUAAAUAGAUUCCAUAACGCAUUAACAAAUACAACUAAAAUUAGAAUUAACAUCUAAACUCGAAAUCUAAGUUAACGAUUUGUGAAUGAGUGUGCGCGAACGAUAGAAGACCAUCAAAACAUCCUUAAAACCAUGAAAACAUUCAAAUAUUUCUUGCCUGAGCAGGUUUUCUUUUGGAAAAUAUAUUUGAUAAGACUUUAUUUAAAAUUUAGCUUUAGAUAUACAAUUAAAAGAGAUUCGGACGUCCCAUUUUUUGAACAAAUAGAAUGCUAUUGCAAAGUUUUGUUAUAAAUGUACAAUUUUCGAAUAUUUUCUUUUCUUUAUGAAAUGUAAGAUUAAAAUCAAUUUAUUUUCUUCAAAUGAUAAAUCUUGAGAAAAAUUUGUAGUUUUUUGUAUGAAAUGAAAAAGAAGCCAAUAAGCGAAAAUUUUUCGAAAUUAUCCCUUUUAGUCGUAUUUUGUACUUUUAUAUUCAAUUUACAACAGAAUAAAUAAAAUAAUUAUCCAUAAUGUAAUGUUUUUCGUAGGUAAGGUAAAUAAAUAAAAAAAAUCGUUGAUA